AAAAGAAGAAACUUCAUGCAACUAUAAUCACCAUUUCAUGUGUAUAUCAAAAGCCAUGGCAAAAAAUUGCAAUUUCUUUUUUGUUCAUUUCAUCCUUUGUUGCACUACACUUUUGCUACUUGUCCCAAUUUUAUUUGCUGCUGAUGCUCCUCCAAACACCCCUGUUCCUCCCUCUGUUAUUUGCAAAUCCACUCCUUAUCCUUCCUUUUGUAAAUCCUCUGUUCUCCCUCCUUCAGGUUCCCCCAAUGAAAAUGUAUACGGCUACGGUCGAAAAUCCGUCCAAAAAUCACUCUCUUCCGCUCGUAAAUUCUUAUCCCUAAUCGAAAAAUACCUUCACAAAUCCAAACAAUUAACAAUCACCGCUGUCCGUGCGCUAGAAGAUUGUCAAUUUCUAGCAGUACUCAACAUGGAUUAUUUGUCAAGUUCAUUUAAAACCGUCAACACGACGUCGAAAAUUCUCCCUGUUUUACAAGCUGACGAUGUUCAAACUAUGCUAAGCGCACUUUUGACAAACACACAAACUUGUUUGGAUGGACUUCAAGAGACAUCAUCUGCUUGGAGUUUGAGAAAUGGUCUAGUUGCUCCACUUUCUAAUGAUACCAAACUUUAUAGUGUCGCUUUAGCUCUUUUCACUAAAGGGUGGGUACCGAACAAGAAAAAGGGGCCGAAAAUUCGUCAUGAUAAAAAGCAAUUGUUCAAAAAUGGACGAUUGCCUUUGAAAAUGUCAGCACGAAACAAAGCGAUUUUCGAGACGGUAGGCAAGAGGAAGCUGCUACAAGAAAAUGAUCAGGUAGUUGUAAGUGACAUUGUGAUUGUGAAUCAGGAUGGAAGUGGGAAUUUCACUACAAUUAGUGAUGCUGUUGCUGCUGCACCAAAUAAUACAAAAGUUCAGUCAGGGUACUUUCUUAUAUAUAUCACACAAGGUGUAUAUGAGGAGUAUGUUGCAAUUCCUAAGUACAAGAAGUAUUUGAUGAUGAUUGGUGAUGGAAUUAAUCAAACGAUCAUAACGGGCAACCAUAGUUUUGUUGAUGGAUGGACAACAUUCAACUCUUCCACAUUUUCCGUGGUUGGUCUAGGAUUCGUCGCGGUUAACAUAACAUUCCAAAACACAGCAGGAGCAAUCAAACAUCAAGCAGUUGCAGUUCGAAAUGGUGCUGAUUUAUCCACAUUCUACAGUUGUAGUUUCGAGGCGUAUCAAGACACAUUAUACGUACAUUCUCUAAGACAAUUUUACAGAGAGUGUGACAUAUAUGGCACAGUCGAUUUCAUAUUUGGUAACGCUGCUGCAGUUUUCCAAAACUGCAACAUGCACCCUCGACUUCCUAUGGUCAAUCAAUUCAACGCGAUAACAGCUCAGGGCAGAACAGAUAUAAACCAAAACACGGGAAUUUCGAUACAAAAUUGCACAAUUAGACCUGCAGAUGAUUUGUUAUUGAGUGAUGGUACCACGAAUACAUAUCUUGGUAGGCCAUGGAAAGAGUACUCUAGGACAAUUUAUAUGCAAUCUUAUAUGGAUGGAUUUAUUCAUCCAACGGGAUGGCACGAUUGGUCUGGAGAUUUCGCGCUAAAUACGUCGUAUUAUGCAGAGUUUAAUAACACUGGACCUGGAUCAAAUACUACAGGCAGAGUUACAUGGCCUGCAAUUCGAAUGUUGAAUGCUACUGAUGCUGUUAAUUUUACAAUAUCUGGUUUUCUAGUAGGAGAUGAUUGGUUGCCACAAACUGGUGUGCCAUAUUUCAAUAGUUUACUGUAACUCUCACAAUUCCUUUUUUUUUGUUCUUUUGAUUUUAUAAUUAUAUGAAUUGAUUAAGUGAAUUAAUAAUCAGGAUUGUAAAUCGUCCUGGGAAAUGUAGUCAAAAAGUUAAUGUGAAUUCCUUUAUUUAA